AUGCAGGUGUUGAGCGAUGCUAGGUGGGAUGGAAGGUCAAUGUACGACGGACUGGCAGAAGAAGAGCUCAAGGCAGCUUUGGCGACCCAAGAAGAUUGGCCAGAGAAUGUAUGGGAAAUACUUGAGAAAGAUCCCGCUCAAGUUCAGCUUGCAUUACUUGUCGCGAGAUCACCCAAUCUGCGAGAGUUCAUCAUGGGCGCUCUGCACAUAGAAACGAUCCCCGACGAGCUCCCCAUAUGGCUUUAUCCUAUCGUCCAGGGUGCGCAAAGCAACUUAGUCAACGCCACACACGAUCCAGUCUAUGGCAACCUCCAGAUUAUCGACACAGACAUGCAGAAUGUCAUUACUCCUCUUGUAGGCCACCUUUUUGCUUUACCAAGUCUUCAAGUGGUUCGUCUGAACGCUAUGACGGAUUCAUACAAGCUGGCCGAAGAAAAUAUAAAAUGGCCAGUUCAGAAGCGGUCUUCGUCGGUCUCGACGCUCAUACUCUACGGCGUCGACAUCCCGUGUACAUGGACGAAGCUCAUGAUCACUUCCUGCAAGCAGCUAUCAAGAUUUGAGUAUGCCGGUCCGAAGUAUCACGGGUCAACACAUGUUUUACCGAACAUCAUGUCUGACCUUGAGCAACAGCAAGACUCGCUGCGGGUUUUGCACCUUGCUCCAGAAGAUGAUGACUGUUGGGAUGAGCCUGAUCUGACCCACGCGCGCAUCGAUGGUUUCCACCGAUUACAUGCCCUGGAAAACCUCUCUACAUCAUUUCGAGUACUCCUUGGUACACCGCCUAUGAACUAUACCGGCGAAGGAAAUUGGAAAUACCCUCGGAUGCGGGAUAUACUUCCCCAUGGGCUACAAGAGUUGUUUCUGUCUACAACGGCUACAAUGGUAUCCCACAACUACCAUGAUGGAUAUUACGAUCUCUUCAAAAGCGCUCUUCCCCUACAAGCAAAUCGUCUAAACUUGAAGAAGAUCCGCGUAGCAUACUCAGACAUGAUCACAGGCGCUCAUUUGUUGCCCUUCAAUUUCUGGGACAUCAAGAACUCAUACGUUGCACAUGGAGUGGAGUUUGACUACUCUAUAUCCAUCAGCGCAGAUCGAGAUGGUACGUGA